UCUUUCUUUCACAUUAUCUAUCAUCUUCAUCCCCAAAUUAACAGCCCUCUUGCAUUACUGAAUCCCUCCAAAGAAGAGGAGAAACAUAGAUAUUCCUUUUGCGUUCUAGCUACUUGGUAGGCUCUUAGUCUUAUCUUUUGUUGGAUCGAGGCAUUUGCUGAUUGACACACUGUACGGCUUAAGUUGUUCAGCCACCAAGAGAGAUCGAUUACCAGUUUCUGAACUUAUAAUUCUGCCCGAGAUCAUGCUUCUGGUGGCCGUUUGAAGUUCGUGUGUUCGUGCUUUUGGGUGCCAAGAGAAGAAGUUGAUUUCUUGCAAGAUGUUUAGCUCGGAAUGACGAUAAGAGGAGUAUGAAUGCAAGUUCAAGAGAAAAGUGUGAUUUUUGGGCCAAGGAAGAGAGAGAUCAACACCCGGAUCGGCUCUCCCUGGUGCCGUCCAGUUCAAGACGGUGGUCAGCAUUUAGGAACCCAAGAAUUGUCCGUGUCUCACGUGCCCUCGGAGGCAAAGACAGGCACAGCAAGGUUUGCACCGUACGAGGCCUGAGGGAUCGUAGGAUCAGACUCUCGGUACCCACAGCUGUUCAGCUGUACGAUCUGCAAGAUAAGCUUGGAGUCAGUCAACCCAGCAAGGUAAUAGACUGGUUGAUUGAUGCUACCAAGCACGAGAUUGACAAGCUCCCUCCUCUUCAGAUGCCGCCCGGGUUUGGUGGAUUCCCUUUAGUCUCUCCCGACCUUUUGGGUGCCUCCCGGUCAUCUCUCGCUCCCUUCUUCGAUGCUGGUAGUUCUACUUCUACAUUGUUGAAGCACGGGUUGAUUAAUCCGCUAUUCUCCAGCAAAAACAAUAUCAACAUCAACGAUAACUUGGAAGGUGAAGACAUGGCAUCUAGAUCAAAGUACUGGGACGUGAACGAUGUAAUGAGGGCAAAAGGUAAGGAGGUCGAGAGUCGGGAAUUUCAUCUUGAGAAGGCUAAGUUUGACGAACCAAACAUUCCAGCUCGGCUCAAUUUCCUUCCACUUCCCAGUCUCUCUUCACACACCAUAUCCUUAUCUCAUCAACUAGGGACCCAACUCGGGUUCAUGCGGCAAAGUGAUCAUCAAAACCACUUCACCGGUGAUGGCAGCAGUAACAUUGCUUCUUCGCUGUCUCUCUCUUCGAACAUUCAUCAUCAUAAUCCUUCAUACUUCACGACAUCGACGCCGAUUAUUUUUCCUCCAUAUAAUAAUGCCCCGACCAAUCCUCUAGUAGCUGAGAGUAACUUCCAAUUGUUCAGCUCAGGUUCCAUGCCGCCUCUUCAUCUAUUCGGAUCAUCAACAAGACCGAUCUUGGGCGAGUAUGUCAAGUUUCUCUGCCAGGAAAAUAAGACCGAAAACCCACCAAGCAUAUGAUAGCUUUGGUUGGAUGCCUCUUGAAGCUUCAAAGUAUCAAGUUCUAGCUAGAAGCAAAUGUAUCAAUUCAUAUUGCGUUAGUGAUGUAUUACUUGGGUAAGUGAUUCGUGCCUUGAGACACCAGUCCUUUGAUAUAUGGUUUACAGUUUUAAUUACCAAAUCAGACUGCGAUAUUAGUUUAUCGUAAGUGAUAUUGAUAUAUGUAUGCCAAGUACAAUUACUAGGUUUUCUGUUUAUUGCCAAACAUAUAUGAGUGAAAUUAAAGUUA